CUAGUGGUACGGGGAAAGACAUCCCCUACCAUAGAUUUGUCCUUUUCUCUAUAUAUCCAAGAAUAUUGGACUUUUUAUAAUACUAAAGGGUCAUUCUAUAACCGCGGAAACGCAUGGCUGCUUUAAGCGUUCCAGUUCUCUCUUUCCCACAUCAACGAAAACUGCCCACCUCCUCAACUGUCAAUAACGACCUUCGUUUCCCAAACUACCCACUUCUUUCCCUCAUAGAACAAUGCACCAGCUUAAAGGAGCUCAAGCAAAUCCACGCCCAAAUGCUCCGUACGGGCCUCUUCUUCGACCCUUUCUCUGCCAGCAAGCUCAUUACUGUUUGUGCGAUGUCGUCGUUCUCGAGCCUCGACUAUGCCCACCAAGUGUUCGACCAAAUUCCGAAACCAAAUCUCUACACAUGGAAUACAAUCAUUCGCGCUUAUGCUUCGAGCUCCGAUCCUAUCCAAAGUAUUGUUGUGUUUUUGCGAAUGCUUGACCAGUGUUGUGAAUCCCCCAAUAAAUACACUUACCCGUUUGUACUCAAGGCUGCCUCGGAGCUGAAAGCUUCCCGGGUCGGAAGAGGUUUUCACGGAAUGGUGAUGAAGUCCUCGCUGGCUUCGGAUGUGUUUAUUCUUAAUUCACUUGUGCAUUUUUAUGGGUCGUGUGACGAUUUAGACUCAGCGUACCGGGUCUUUCUCAACAUUCCUAGCAAAGAUGUUGUUUCUUGGAAUUCUAUGAUCAAGGCUUUUGUGGAGGGAGAUUGUCCUGACGAGGCGUUUCAACUGUUCAGAGAAAUGGAGAUGGAGAAUUUGAAGCCAAAUGAUAUAACGAUGGUGGGCGUUUUGUGUGCUUGUGGAAAGAAAGCGGACAUAGAGUUUGGGAGGUGGCUUUGUUCGUAUAUCCAAAGGAAUGGGAUCGCCGUGAACUUGACUCUGAACAAUGCGAUGCUCGAUAUGUACGUGAAAUGCGGGAGUGUUGAAGAUGCAAAAGAGUUGUUUGAUAAGAUGCCGGAGAGGGAUGUAGUGUCGUGGACAACCAUGCUUGAUGGGUACACUCGAAUGGGGAAGUACGAUGAGGCUCUACGAGUCUUUGAAGCCAUGCCUAACCAAGAUAUUGCUGCCUGGAAUGUCCUUAUUUCUUCUUAUGAACAAAAUGGAAUGCCUAAAGAGGCUUUGUCUGUUUUCCAUAAAUUGCAAGUUAGUAAGAGUGCAAAACCUGAUGAAGUCACUUUGGUGAGUUCUCUGUCGGCUUGUUCCCAGUUGGGUUCAAUUGAUCCCGGAAGGUGGAUUCAUAUUUACAUCAAAAGGCAGGGGAUCAAGUUAAACUGUCAUCUUACGACCUCACUAAUUGACAUGUAUGCCAAGUGUGGUGAUCUAGAGAAGGCACUCGAGGUGUUUGAUUCAGUGGAGAGGAAAGAUGUAUAUGUUUGGAGCGCCAUGAUUGCUGGUUUAGCAAUGCAUGGCUGUGGACGAGCUGCAAUAGACUUGUUUUAUGAAAUGCUAAAAGCUAAGGUCAAGCCUAAUGCCGUGACCUUUACUAACAUAUUAUGCGCCUGUAGCCACACAGGACUACUUGAGGAGGGAACAAGUUUGUUCUAUCAAAUGGAACCAGUUUAUAAGGUUGUGCCUGGAGUGAAGCACUAUGCUUGCAUGGUUGACAUGCUUGGUCGUUCAGGCCGUCUAAAAGACUCUUUGGAAUUCAUAGAGAAAAUGCCGAUACCUCCUACUGCUUCUAUAUGGGGGGCUCUUCUUGGAGCCUGUAGACUUCAUGGAAAUGUUGAACUCGCUGAGCAUGCUUGUGGCCAAUUGCUUGAGUUGGAUCCAAGAAACCAUGGAGCCUAUGUGCUUUUAUCUAACAUAUAUGCGAGAACUGAUAAGUGGGAUCGAGUUUCUAGGUUAAGGAAGGCUAUGAGGGAUUCUGGAAUAAAGAAAGAACCAGGUUGUAGCUCGAUCGAGAUCAAUGGCAUUGUACACGAGUUUUUAGUUGGUGAUAACUCUCACCCUCUAUGCAAAGAUAUCUACGAAAAGUUGGAUGAGAUUGCCGCAACGUUAAAAGCAAUCGGAUAUGUGCCAAACAAGUCCCACCUACUACAGCUUGUUGAGGAAGAGGAUAUGAAGGAGCAGGCUCUGAACCUUCAUAGUGAGAAGUUGGCAAUUGCCUUCGGGCUUAUUAGUACAGCUCCCUCUCAGCCCAUUCGAGUUGUGAAGAAUCUUCGGGUUUGUGGUGACUGCCACGCUGUCGCUAAGCUUGUAUCCAAGGUUUACAAAAGAGAGAUAUUGCUGAGAGAUCGGUAUAGAUUUCAUCAUUUUAAAGAUGGGCAUUGCUCAUGUGGGGAAUAUUGGUGAAAUGGAUUGUAUUGGCUAUGAAGAUCUCAUCUCUUAGGCCACGACAAAAUUAGCAUGCAAUACAUGUUUUAAAUACCAUUUAAACAGUUCUUGAAAAAUGGAGAUACUUAUGGAAUAUGAUCUUCGACAAUGCUGAUGAAAAAUUGAUGUAUAAAAAA